AAAAGCAGAUUGUCUGCAAGACUGCAACAACUCUUCUUUAUUUGCUUGGGAUUUCAACGACGCAGAUUUGAACUGGAACUAGACAGAACUAAUACUCACCGUUUUGGAUAGAUCUAGAAAUGCCGCCGAUUUCUUCUGCUUCUGUACGAUGGUUUUGAAGCGAUGAUGUUGAGGUGAAAAUGAGAAGACAAUGUAGGAUCUGGUGGCCGAAGCAGAUCUCCAUAACUGAAUCAUCUUCGUAUUAUUUUUUGUUUGGUUGGUUUGUCUCUUGUGCGCCUACUUCUCUUGAUAUCAUCGUCGCCUUUGCUUGUGAUGAGGUCACACUUUCUCGGUGCCAAUCAAAUCUUAAGGAGAUCCUCUGUGACACAGAUAGGAGCAUGUCUGUAUUUUUACAGGAUAAAUCAAUGUUUUCUUUACUGGGCCAGUGUGCUGCAUAUCCAAGCAGAAGUGAUCAAUUGUUGAGGGUUCAAAUGGUAGAUGACAAUCAAAGUAAGUCUUCGAACGAUGGAGCUGUGAGUGGAUUGAUCAGGCAGGUUUGGUAUAGAGGGAAGAAUAAUAACUGUCAAUGUGGGUGCAACGAACUCGAAGGCUUAUUAGGAAAACAUAGGCUAGCUGCUGUGGGGAGCAGUCAUUGGAUCCAUAUGGAAUAUGAUUCUGAUGAAAUUCAUGGUAGAAAUAUUCAUUGGAUUCCUAAAUUGCAUCACAUUCACUGGAGCGGGAAAAUUGUGUCUCAAUGUGAUGUCCACGUAAUAUUUUAUGAAGCUCCCAGAUAUGGUUCACAUCAUUUCUCCCUGAGUUUUUGGAAUUCUUCUAAACAAGUGAAAGCUCUUUUGGAGAAACCCAAGUGGGUCUAUGAACUUCACCAGAAGCAGCCCCUUAAUGACUUGGAUGCGGUCAUUCUUGCUAUGAACAGUGCCACUGCUUGCAAAAUGGCUUUCGAGAGACAUGUGGGCUCCAAGAGAUCUUUUGCCAAGUUUUCUAUUAUUUGCAUGUUUAUCACCUUGGUGUGGCAGUUAUUGGCCGUGUCCAUGGCUUCAUUGUCCACCGUGUUUUAUAUUUUUCUUCAGAUUCUUCAUAACCUUUUGAGUUUUGGAUCAGAAACAUGGUUAAAUAUUGCAUCAGCUAGGGCAUUCAACUUUGCGUUCUUAAAUUUUCAAAUUCGAUGUUGUCAGAUCUUGUAUUGGCCAAUUCUUCUUCAAGACAAGGACCACAGGUCUCAGUCAUGUGUGGAAUAUGCUGAGAAAGCUGCAUUACAGAGGCAUUCCAUGUGGUCAAGCUUGGCUGUUGAUGUUCUUUUGGGGAACGUUAUUGGUCUGACACUUUUGUUUCAUGCCGAAGCAAUGUGCUCAUGUAUUUUGAAGUUUGCCAAUGAUUCGACAAAUGAGUUGCUGCGCUCAGGUUGUGUCUGGUUGAUGGGAGUGCCAGCAGGUUUCAAGUUGAAUACAGAAUUAGCAGGUGUUCUCGGCAUGAUUUCACUUAAUGCCAUCCAAAUAUGGUCUACUCUCUGGUUCUUUGUAGAUUAUCUAUGUAUUUAUUUGGUCAAAGGAAUUGCUGUAUUAGGAAUUCUUUUUGGGAUGACUGUACCUGCUGCUUUUGUCAGAGACAUGAUUAUGUUAGUGACGUUGCAUGUGUCAACUCUUCAUUGGAUGAUCUCACUUUUGUAUUCACAGCAGAUACAAGCAUUAGCAGCUUUGUGGCGCCUCUUCAGGGGUCGAAAGUGGAAUCCUCUUCGACAAAGACUAGAUAGCUAUGACUACACGGUGAAGCAACAUAUUGUUGGGUCUCUUCUUUUUACACCACUUCUACUUCUGUUGCCAACAACCUCCGUUUUCUAUGUUUUUUUCACCAUGAUGAGCUCAUCUGUCAGCCUUAUUUGCAUGCUGAUUGAAGUCACUGUAUCUGUCAUCCACGCCACACCUUAUAUUAACAUUGUUCUUUGGCUGGUGAAUCGAAGAAGAUUUCCUUCUGGGAUAUGGUUUGAAAUUUUAUCUUGUCACAGUGAUAGCAUUGUUUCUUCUGAGGUUAAUUGCCAGGAUAAAAUCAGUUCACCCGAUAAUUCACGGCAGCAAGAGAGUAUAAGUGGAAGAUCUAAUGUUCUGGAUUCAGUUCUCCGGAGCAACUUUUGGAGUAUAGGGCAAAUGGUGUUGCCUCAUUACAGAGAAGUUUUUUCUGGGGUUUCUCGAUCAUAUUUUGCUAAAUCAGCAUAUGGAGUUCUUACUGGUAAAAGAAUGGCAUAUACACUGGGGACAAAGCUUCCAUCAACACUGCCUUGGAUGUUCAUACGAUGCAAGGAGUAUUGGUGCCUUUGCCGUAAUUCGAUUCUUGCAUGCAUGCCAGAAUGUGACUGUCAUCGUCAAUGUCAAUGAUUUCUUAUCUGAUUUAAGGCACUCUUAGCAUCUUAUUGACGACACCGAUUUUUUUCCAUGUCUCAAUUUUGAAGGAUACCAGGCAUGAUACAAUAUGGCUUUACAGUCGAAGCUGGUUGGUUACACAUUUUCUAGGAAAGGUCAGUAAAAUCAUAGUUAGGUUGUGGCAUAACUGUUUUGGCAAUUUUUUUCUUUGAAAUUUUGAAACUUUUUCCUCUAGUUGAUAAAACAAUAUGAUAGUUUUUUGUUAUUGGGUAGCUUUAUGUUGGAUUCGAUUUGAGCUAAUCCGAGUUUGAAUUCGAGCUCAAAUUAAACAAAUUGAGUUUGGGUCAAAUAUUAUGUUUGUUUUCAUAAUAUGAGUCAAGUUAGAGUGGAUUCCAAUAUAUAAGUUUGAGGUGGUUCGAAUCGAAUAUAAAGUUAAAUUGAUUUUAUGUCAA